AUGGUGGAAAAUGAAGAUGACUUCUUCAACUAUCCUUGGGGGAGAUUAUCGUACGAGAAGACAUUAUUCGGCUUGACAAAAGAUAUGGAAAGGCUAAGGAAUAAAUACUUGAAGAAUGUUGAGCAAAAGAGAAAAAGACCAACACCUCAAUACACAAUUUAUGGUUAUGCCAUUGCUCUGCAAUAUUGGGCCUAUGAAAUUUUCACAAAGUUCUCUGCAUUUGCUGAUCAAAAACCCCUUGCCUUUCCAAGAAUGCUUAGCUGGUCAGCGCAUAAAAUGCUGAAAGAGAAAGAUAUUGAAGGUGCCACGCUCAAUCCAAGACCCGAAGAGAAAGAAUUUCAUGACUCUAUUAUUCAAGGACCAGAUGAACUACUCAUGGGAUGUGUUAUUAGCUUUGUAGACAAUGAUGUGGAAUUGGAGUUUGAAAGGGAAGAACAUGAGGAAUCUCCCACAAAGCCCGAUGUAGCAGAUGGGCAUUGUCACGAGCAAGACCAGAAAGAGAUACCAACUCCAAUUAACACCGACCACGAAAAGUUGUUAGCUGAUAUUGACACUUUGAAAAGUAACCAACAAAGAAUGGAGGAGAAGUUGGAUUAUCUAAUUGAAUUAGUGCUCUUGCAACGUAAAGGUAGUGAUUCUGAGGAUUCAUUAUCAGAUGAGCAUCUUGCUUCACCACACCGUACAUUUAUUAUGGAGCACGUUGUUGGAGAAGAUAGCCCUAGCUGUAAGGUGGUAUCUCCUGAAGAUAUGACUGGGGUGGAAUUCAAGAGAAGGAGGGUUCCAACGAAAAUAAUUUUUGGUUCCAAGUUUACUAAUCCAACUAGGAAGAAAAAGAAAGCAAAGACAAUUGUAACUGAUCCUUGUGAAAUUAAUCCCCUACAGCCAUAUGACGAAAAGCAAAUGAGACGUUUUAAGAAAUGGGUAAUUGGUUUAAAAAAGAAUGAUAAGUCUAUUUCUCUCUUGGCUGGUUCGUGCACAGCGAAAUGGUUUAUUCAGCUACUUACACCACGUACAUGGCUGGACGGACUGCACAUUGAUGCAGCUUUAGGGUUGAUGAAAGAACGAGUGUACACUUACAAGAAGACUUACUCCGAAAGAUUCACCAUCGUGGAUUCUAUGUUCCAACAGUUCUUCGAACCACAUUGGGAACAAUUCAACAAGAGGAAAAUCAAAUCAAGCUACAUUUGGCCAAAAGAAGUGCUUGAUUACUUGGUAGGUGAUGAUAACAAUUUCAAAAGGAGUUGGAAAGACAUUGACGAUGUGUUUACCCCGAUUAAUUUUUUUGGGACACAUUGGGUGUUGUUAGAGAUAUCAUUGACAAGCUAUCUUAUAAAAGCUUAUGACUCUGAUAUCACUGUGGUCUCCAACAAGGAGUUUGAGAAUAAAAUGAGCAGAUGGGGAAAAAUGCUACCAUUUCCAAUUCAAUCCAGUGGGUUGUUAAGCCACAGGAAAGAUGUCCAACUUCAAGCAGAGAAAGUGCGUUUUGAGUUCACAAGACUUGGCACAGAAAAAGUGCCACAGACCAAAACUAGUGGCGAUUGUGGGGUAUAUGUCGUCAAACAUCUGGAGUACUUGCUAGCCAAAAAAUCGCUAUCCGAAGUGUGA